AGUUUAUCUCCAACCAGACCAUGAAGCGAGAAAGCCACAAGAGCAAUGCCAAGCCUCUGAACGUGAAAGACUUCCACUGCUACAGACUCAUCCACUUCUGGACUGAAGCAGCCGCUGCCAGCUACUACGGCCGCAAGAAGGCCAGUGAACACUUCGUGUAUUUGUGUAGCAGCAACGGUCUCAGAGUGGACAACAUGGAUGCAAACCAGUUCAGCCAGAGCCAACUCGAGUUAGUGCAGAAGUCUCGUGAAGACAAAAUGAAGAAGCUCACCAGGAAGAAGAAGAGAAAGAAGCCUCACGAAGAACACAAGCACGAAGUCAUUGUCGAAGCUGAAGUCGAAGAGGAAUGGGUGCCCAACAUCCAGCUGACAGAGCAGGACUGCAAAGACAUCGAGGAUGUGGUGAAGGACACAAUGAUUGGGUUGAAAGACAGAUUAUUUGCACAACUGAAAACUUUGAGAGUGUAA